UCAUCCAGCGAAAAAAUAUUUUAUUCGAUACAAAAAAGAUUUAUCAUGUCGAAAAUUUGCCUCAUUGUUUUGGUUGCCUUCCUUGCUGUGACAACUGUCUUCGCACAAAGUGAGGAACAAGAUUUUUUUGAAAAACAUGGAAUUGACAGAACAUGUGCUCCAAGUGUUGGAAAAGAUUGUACAUCAUCAAGUGAUUGUUGUGGUGAUUUAAUUUGCCAUUCAGUCGCAAGUAGAUGCUCACCUAAUAUUACUGUUGAAAUGUUAUUAGAAAUCAUUGAAAAACUUAAACAUAUUCAAAUCAAUGCUCACAAAAAAAACUUUUAG